CCAAGGAAACCAGAAAAAGGAAGUGACGUUUUGCAGCCUGAGCCUUUUCCGCUCUCUUUUCGUUGAGGCUCAGCUAGCGGCCGGCCUGCAAACAUGCAGAUUUUCGUGAAGACGUUGACGGGGAAGACCAUCACCCUCGAGGUUGAGCCCAGCGAUACUAUCGAAAAUGUCAAGGCAAAGAUCCAGGACAAGGAAGGAAUUCCCCCGGAUCAGCAGCGUCUGAUCUUCGCUGGCAAACAGCUUGAGGAUGGACGUACACUGUCUGACUACAACAUUCAGAAAGAAUCCACUCUGCAUCUGGUUCUGCGUCUGCGUGGUGGCAUCAUCGAGCCUUCUCUCAGGCAGCUGGCCCAGAAGUACAACUGCGACAAGAUGAUCUGCCGCAAGUGCUAUGCCCGUCUGCACCCCCGUGCUGUCAACUGCCGCAAGAAGAAGUGUGGACACACCAACAACCUUCGCCCCAAGAAGAAGCUGAAGUAGACAUUUGGACUAAAUCGGCUCUCCAUGCCAUUUUGUGUUAAAAUAAAUGUAAGAAAAUGGUG